UUUUUUUUUUUUGGCCUCCUGAGGUUUUUUCUCCCAGUGAUUUUGGGGCAGCUUUGCUUUGCAUUUGGCCCCGUCGUUGCUGGAGUAGCCGGCUCUCCGGCAGAGCUGCUCCGGCCCGCUUGACGCUUCCUCAGAUCCAGCUAUGACAACACAAGAUUCCAGUCAGCCUGAGGUGAAUUUUGUGACUAAGACACAAGUUGGAAGUGAAUCAUCUGGUCCAAAUUUUUCUGUACAAGAACUCAAGCCAGGAGGCAAGGAGAACUCGCGUAGUGUCUCAGAGCAUGAGAUAGUCCUAAUUGGUGCUUCCCUGGAAAAAAAAAUCUCUUUGCCCAGUCCAACUAAAGUUGACCUUACAUGUAAAUUAGAUGACAGUUCCCGUUUGAAAGAUCCUCAAGUGACUUGGAAAAAGGGAAGUGAAACAAUCAGUCACACCAGUAAAACUCAGAACAGCUGGACCAUCCAAGUGACCGUCUCAGACAGCAGUCAGCUGGGAAGUUACACUUGUAUUCUGAAAGCUGAAGAAGAAAUCAGCGCUACGUUUCAUUUGCAAGUACCAAAGCUUGAAGGAAAAGAAAAGCCUGUAAUCACUUAUGAAAGAGAUAAAGCUGUAAUGGUUUGUAAAACUGAGUAUAAUCCUAAGGCUUGGACCUGGUAUCUGGCCAAUGGAACUGAGCUGGUUCCCAUUGAUAGGAUUUUACGUACAGACAAGUUUCAGAUUAAGAGACCAUCUCCCAGUGUAAACCGUCUGGAGAUACUCAAGCUCACUAAGCAAGAUGGUGGUGUAUAUUUGUGCGAAGCUACUUUUGAAUUAGGGAACAGUCAAAUUAAGUUUGAACUUAAAGUUCUGUCCAUUUGGGCACCUCUCAUGCCCUUUAUAGCAAUUGUGGCUGAAGUUGCUAUUCUUUUUACUGCUAUUGUCCUGUACGAGGUGUAUUCGAAAAGGAAAGGAAAAGAAAGUAAAAAAGAGUUUGACCAAAUUGAGCAACUUAAGUCAAAAGACUCUACUGAGACACAGCAGUAGUUCUAGGCAGAGAAGUAAAUCUGGUUCCUUAAAGGGAGAUCUAACCAACAGAAGUGGAAAUUAUCGCAAAGCUAUGAUGUAUCACAAAGAAGAUGUAUGCAGCUAUGGAUUUUAAACAUUCACUGUGUUUUGAAGUAAAGUCCUCUGCAUUUGAGAAAUAAGAUACUUUGAAAAUAGUUCUGAAACUGCUCAUUUUAUACAGAUGAUAUGGUACAUUUUAUUUAGACAUUCAUCUGUAACAUUUUGCUACUAGCAGUUGUUUUUUUACUUUAGGCUUACUGUUGGUUUAUGAUUGGUUUGUUGGAUUUUUGUAUCCCAAACUAGUGUUGUAGUCACUGAACAAAAGGUUAAUGUAGAGUGGGCAGUAUAAAACUGGACAUGUAAGAUAAAAAAGUAUUUCCACCAAAGAAAAUGCCUUUUAGUAGCUGAUAAAGCGUAUGUGAUGCAACCGUUUUUACCAAAGAAGUGGUGAAAGGGGAAUCUUUAUCAGGACUUAAAUGAAACAUUGAGAGUUGCGAUUUACUCUGAAUCGUAAAAUGUCUUCAUUGUAACUUUCUGUAGCUUCAUUCUCAGUUCUACUAUAUUCUAGUCCUUAGUGGGGUCAGAUAUUUCAGAGUAUAUGAAAGAAAUAUUGGGGAUAUAGUAUCUUCUCAGACUCUAACUGCAAUAAUUCCUUACACUUGAAAAAAUUACUGCACUCUUUGGGCCUGCAAAACCAGAUUGGUUAUUACAAUUUCUGUAGAAUUCUGAGUUUUCAGGAAUAUACCUGUAUACUUUUUUAAUCAUACAUACUGUCUAGUUUGCUUCUUUCAGCAAACUGGUGUUUCUUAAACUUCUUACAAAACACAGAAUGGGUCUUGAGCAGCUAAAAUUUUCAGGACAAUAGGAAAAAGCAGAAUGGAUACAACUUCUCUUACACAAAAUUUUUAACACUACUGUUAAUGAUUUAGAGUACUGCUUUAGAAGAAUUAGUUGUCAUAAUAUCAUUUAGUUACAUUAUGCAUUUAGCAGUUGAAAAAUCUUCAGCUAAUAAGAAAAUAGUUGGUUAUAUCAGUUGCCUUUGUUUGAAAUACUUAAAAGUUAAAUUUUGUAAGGCAGAAGUAAAGUCUUCAGAAAAACAUUUUUUCGGAGGAAAAAUGUAAGGAAA